CUACAUCCUCGGCUUCUCGCCGUGCAUUUAUAUAGCUGCACACGGGGUGUUUGCUACGGUGAAGGGUUGAGCAUGCGCGACACUCAUCCUUUGUUAGCUUUUUUCUCUCCUAUCCAUCCAAAAUGGCUGUCUGGUAUGCUUUUGGCGUGGCUAUGUUCGCUGCCAUUGGAACUUUCUUGUUUGGAUUCGACACAGGCAUUGCCACGACAACAAUCGCCCAUCAAAGCUGGAUUGACUACAUGAAUCACCCGUCAAAUGGCUUGACAGGAGCCGUGGUGUCGGUAUAUAUCGCCGGUGAAGCAGUAGGUGCUCUUACUCAAACUGCGAUUGGAGACAAAUUAGGGCGUCUUCGGUUCAUGGAAGUGUCGUGCAUCGUGGUCACUAUCGGCACGGUCAUCCAGACCGCGGCAGUGAAUAUCGGAAUGUUUCUUGCUGGUCGUCUGCUGGCUGGCUACGCCGUUGGCGGAAUGGUCGCGACUGUCCCAAUCUACCUCAGCGAGAUAUCAGCCCCUCGGUACCGCGGUCUCAUCGGUGGCAUCUCAGGCUGCGGCAUCGCAUUCGGAACCAUGGCGUCGAACUGGGUCGGAUACGCCUGUAGCUUUGCUCCUUACGGUCAGGUCCAGUGGAGAGUUCCUCUAGCAAUCCAGGUCCCAUGGGGGAUUGUCAUGUUCGCCGGACUGGUCACCUUCAUGCCAGACUCACCACGCCAUUUAAUCCGAGUGGGUCAGAUCGAGAAGGCCCGCAGCGAAUUCAUCAGAGGCCGACGGGACUUACGUUCGGACGAGGCCCGCCACGAAUUCGCAGAGAUGGUCGCUCAGAUCCAAUAUGAAAAGGAGAGAGAGAUAACCUCCUACAAGGAGAUUUUUCGUUUGUUUCGACGACGAGCGUUAGUCUCAAUUGCCGUGCAGACCAUGACAAGUCUUACUGGGGUGAAUGUUAUACAGUACUACCAAACAACUCUAUACAAGUCCCUUGGCAUCGACUCCCACACCAUCCUCGCCCUGGCUGCUGUCUACGGCACUGUCGCCUUCCUCACCAAUUCCCUCACCACCAAAUACCUUACAGAUCAAUGGGGUCGUCGCAAAAUGAUCCUAGCCGGCCUCGCCGGGAUCAUCAUUGUCGAGAUAUAUGCCGCUAUCAUGCAGCGAGAAUUCCAGAACACGAACAACAGAGUCGGGAAGGGCUUCGCCAUCCUCGGGAUCUAUUUGUUUGUAGUGAUCUAUUAUGGUAUGCUCAACAGCACAACUUGGCUCUACGGCGCCGAGGUUCUGCCCAUCGCCCUUCGCAGCAAAGUCAUGGGACUGGCGGCAGCCUCUCACUUCAUCGUCAAUGUCGCAAUCACCGAAGCAGGCCCCAGCGCCUUUGCGAACAUCCACGAAAACUACUAUUACGUCUUCGUGGCCUGCACUUUUUUCUUCUUGGUCAUUGCCUAUCUAUACUUCCCGGAAACCAAACAAAAGACCUUGGAGGAAAUUGCCGCAUCUUUCGGCGACAAGCUGGUCGCGGCUGGCGAGCAGGGUGAAGAGGAGGAUCCGGAUGCGAAGCCCCAUUCCCAGCGGGUGGAGGUUGUUUACGGGGAGUAGGUAGGUAGGUAGGGAGAACAGUUGAGUGGAGUGAUGAAAGUCUGCGUGUUGGAAUCAUUGGAUAACUAAUGCCCUUUGUCUUGAUGAAGUUGUACCUGCUAUGCCU